CUGCGUCCAAUCGUGUGCGACAUCCUGCUGAAUAAAGGAAAAAAAAACGUCCGUUGAAAAGCGUGAGGUGGGGGAAAGCACGUCAAGCUUUCUAUACGGCUCGAAUGAUCUCAGCGUGUGCUGGUACAUUUCAUUUAGCUCAAUCGGAGAAGUCAAUCGUUUAGACCAGCGGAGGAAUCAAAUGAUAUUUCAACCGACUGGCGCACAGUGAGUGGACCGGACCGGGCAGCAGAUCUCUCAUCCCCUUUCUCUUCAGCAGACUGAUAAGGAGACCUAGAUGGACAACAGGAACACAUCUGAUGACAAGCCCGUUCAGCGUUCUAAGUCUUUCAGUUUCAAGACACAGAAGGAGACGUGUGCAUCAUGUGAGAACACUGUAUAUCCGAUGGAGAGAUUGGUGGCCAACAACCUCAUCUUCCACAACACGUGCUUCUGCUGCAAGCAUUGCAACACCAAACUCAGUCUGGGGUCCUAUGCAGCGCUGCAGGGGGAGUUCUACUGCAAACCACACUUCCAGCAGCUCUUCAAGAGUAAAGGGAACUACGACGAGGGCUUCGGACGCAAGCAGCAUAAGGAGCUUUGGGCCUCCAAGGAUGCGGAGAGCAUCACCAAGACGGCAUAAUCCUCAGUGAUUUUCAAAGCACAUUUCCCCUCCAUUGGUCAACGAUGAUGACCCUUUAUAUACUCUGCCCACGUCAACAGACACACUUACACAGCCAACAAGCAGUUGAGCCAGGCUUAUCAUGAUAUAACAACACAAUCACAGAUAUACCACCAUGUGAUAGGGUUGAUUAGCUUCCCCUUUUUGUUUGUUGUUCUUUAUUUUUUAUUUUAUUUUAAUUUAGUCCUCCCACCCUACCUUCUUUGCUUAGUUUUAAUUUUUAUUUAGCAUUUUGUGUUUGUCAUUUUUUGUAGUGUUGUGGAGUGAACAGUUAGUUGAUUGUGACCAAAAUCUUUUGUAUCCCUAUAGGUGGGAUGAUUCACUUACUAGCAUCAUUACGAUACUGUUUGGCAGUACUAGUAUCAGUUGAUUUUGUUGGUUUUCUGUCGUAAGAAGUUUCAAGAUGGUUUAGAUUAUACACUCAGGUAAAUAUUCUGGGUUGUUGCAUCAAUAUUAUUCAGCAAUCUUUUAUGUACGUAGUGAACUUAAAUGUUUUGUUUUAUGAUUGAUAUUUGUCCCUCACUUCAGUUACAGCAGUCUGUACUGUUUUCCAACUAAAUGGCUUAACAGAGUUCCUUAAAAUGGGAAAACUGUCUUUUAUUUUGUCUGCUUUGCUAGCGCAGGGUAUUUUAUCUGAGAAUCUACAGGGUACACUGUACUGUAAAGAACUCACUUGAGUUUUUUACAUCACCUCUUUUCAUUCAUUUUUCAUCCAUUUUUAUCUUCUUUUAACAUUAAGAAUUGGUAUUUGACAGAUACUGUAAGACAGGCCUCUGUGAUCUAAUCAGACAAUAUCAUUCUUAUUAAAGGGGUAGUUCACCCAAAAAUGAAUAUUCUGUCAUUAAUUACUCACCCUCAUUUCGUUCCAA